AUGAGUCAAACUGUUGUUCUUAUUACUGGUGGAAACCGUGGGCUGGGCCUUGGGCUAGUUGAGAGCUUUCUUUCCCAGCCUAACCAUACUGUUAUUUCUGCCAACCGGGACACCAAUCAUCCAACUUCCAAAGCACUUGCCGACUUGCCCAAGGCUGAAGGCAGCAGUCUUGUUGUCUUGAAAUACGAUGCUGGGGUUGAGCAGGAUGCCUUUGACCUUGUUAAGUAUCUGAAAAGAGAGCAUGGAAUUAAUCACCUUGAUAUUGUUGUCGCCAAUGCCGGCAUCUCAAAGUCUUACCCACUUGUGAAGGAUGUCCGGCGAGUUGAUAUCCAAGAACAUAUCGAUAUAAAUGCCUACGGUGUGGUAUCUUUAUACCAGGCCACACGAGAUCUUUUGCAACAGUCGACUAAGAAGCCUAUAUUCGUCACCAUUGGUUCUGGGGCCGGCGCACUUGGAAGACAGCCACCAGUCCCGAAUGCUGCGUAUGGGCCAUCGAAGGUUCUGGUAAACUGGUACGGUGUCAGAAUUAACGCCGAGGACGAAUGGCUCAAUGCCUUUGUCUUAGAGCCUGGCUUCGUUCAGACGGACAUGGGCAAUGCAGCAGCGCAAAUCUUUGGCAUUGGUGAAGCUCCUACUUCAGUAGAGGAGUCUGUAGGGGGCUUGUUUAAAGUCAUUACAACGGCAACCAAGGAGACACAUGGUGGUAAGGUCGUGUUGUACACUGGUGAAAUUUUGAGCUUUUGA